AUGCUUUCAAGGGCGUUGACGUUCCUGUGUGCCAUUGGACUUGUGUCGUUCGCCUCUGGCAGCGGCUCAUCAACCAUUUACUUUCCUCAGGCGGUCACGACUUCCGUAAAUUCCCCUCAAACGACGCUUCCCUAUCACAAGAAUGCUUCCUACCCGUACCUAGGACAAGCUCCCGCAAAGGCUGCUUUCCCCCUCUCACCGUCUCCAAGCGGGCUCACAUGUAUUGUGGCACCUUUGGGCUGGGGCCAGGACGAUUCGUCCCAGAUUCUUGCUGCUGUUGAAAAAUGCGGCAUCAAUGGGACCAUUACACUACCAGCUCCGUACGUCUACACGGUUUCAAGGCGGAUGUACAUGAACCUCCAGAAUUCCCGCCUGGAAAUCUUUGGUACCCUCUCUUUCACGCCAGACCUAACUUACUGGAUCGACAAUUCCUUCCGUGUUGAGUUUCAGAACCAGUCCACGGGGUGGAUUGUUGAAGGCAGCAAUUUUGAAAUCGAUGGGGGAGGUUGGAUGCAGGGCGGUGUCAAUGGCAAUGGACAGGCGUGGAUGACCCACGCCGCUGGGCAUAGCAACCAGUUUGGCCGACCUAUUGUUCUCUCCAUCUUCAAUUCCUCCAAUGUGAUUGUGACGAACUUUUCCAUACGCCAACCAAUGUUCUGGAGUUUCUGGAUUCAAGACUCCUAUAACGUCGAGCUCAGCAAGGUGUAUAUCAACGGUACGAACACAGACCCGUACGGAAAUUCUUCCAAUUACGAAACGAAUAUUGAUGGCCUCGAUUCCCUGCGAGUAGACCACCUUCUGGUGAGAGACUGGCAAUUUCACGGUGGAGAUGAUUGUCUAGCUCCGAAAGGGAAUACGACCAACAUGGUCAUCAACAACAUGACUUGCGUUGGAGGCGGGAUUGCGUUCGGGUCAAUAGGCCAAUACGUUGACUCACCAGACUACAUUUUCAACGUGACAGCCACAAAUAUCUCGGUCUCACAGGAUAUCAAUCCCCGCACUGGCGGCGCUGCAGUGUCUGGCGGAGCCUACUUCAAAUCUUGGGUGGGCAAAGAAGAAGGAGAACCUCCACAAGGUGGUGGCGGUGGGACGGGGAAAGUUUCCAAUGUGACUUUCAGGGGACUGACGACUCACAAUACAAGCCAAGCCGUCUACAUCAACAAAUGCUACUUCAAGGUGCCUGAUCAAGCCCACUUCUGCGACACGAGUACUCUGGAGUUCGAGAACCUGAUGUUCUCUGACGUGUCUGGAACCGUUAGCAGCAGAGUCGGCGUCGCCUUGAACUGCUCGGCGGCCGCACCUUGUUCGAACAUUGAUUUCAAGGAUGUGCACUUGCUUGAUACAGCCACCAAUGCGACUGCUAAUGCGACUUGCGUGAACGCGAGGAAUGUUACUGGGAUAAGUUGCAAUGCUACGUUGGCAGCAUGA